UCCACAAGACGUGUAGGCUUAAUUAUCUGACUUACGCAUCUGUCUUAAAAGGCAUUUCUAUGCAGACGGUUUCCCAAAGCUGACGUGUGACUCGAGUUUCCAAGUUAUCGUAGCCUCGAGAUUUCCUUAAAUCCGCACAUUUAGUUAAGGGGCUGCUUAGGAGUGAGUAGUAGUUCGGAAAAUUUGACAGACAACAGGGUGUUUGAACGUCCAUUUUGUUUUGCCCGACGAACGGGGGAUCAAGUGAAGUCGAAGGUCAGCUACUGUGCAUCUGUCAGGCGAACAGCUGAUUCCUGCCAUUCAUAACCAGCCUAGGCGGCUUAGGCGCGUAAGGUCCCCGACGGGCGGAGCUAUUUUUGCGCCUAGCCCAACCCCGAGCGAGGUGGAAGGCCGAGGCACAGCGCAGUGGCCAGCAGUGGGGUUGUUGCUGUGUUGCGUAGAACGGUGUCUUCUGCUAGUUUGCUAAUGCUAUUGGAGCCACUCUUUCUUGUCGUUUCGUUUUGUGGCAUCAUCCGUGACUUUUUCACCAUGAAUUGAAGUGCGCCCUGCUUGAUUUCGAGAGAACCAAGAGUCAACCUUGCCGGAAAUAUGAAGAGGAGCAAGAUUUGCGAAAAAAGCCUCUUUCAUGCCGCCUACAACCUACCCUAUGAUGAUACGUCCAGAUCGAAAAUAUAUCGCAGUAGUAAAGGUGAUUUGUCAAUUUUACAACGAAUGGGACUGAUAAAAAAUAUUGCUGUGCAUUCUGGAUGUGUAAAUUCAAUAUCAUGGAAUGAAACCGGGGAAUACUUGCUCUCUGGAUCUGAUGAUCAACAUCUCAUCAUAUCAGACGCCUUCACACACAAAAUUGUAGAAGACUUCAAAACAAGUCAUCGGGCAAAUAUUUUCAGUGCCAAAUUCCUGCCAUGUAUUAGAGACACAAGAAUUGUUUCAUGCUCAGGCGAUGGAAUAUUAUUGUUCACAGAUCUGAUGUCCAUCGAGCCAGUCUACAAACCGUUUAACUGUCACUGUGGCACUGCCUACGAAGUAGCUACUGUACCGUUAGAUCCACAUUCCUUCCUUAGCUGCGGUGAAGAUGGAACAGUGCGAUGGUACGAUCUUCGCAUUAAGGACAGUUGCAACAAAGCAAAUUGCCAAGAGGAUGUUAUGAUCCAAUGCCAGCGAGCAGUAACGGCCAUGUCAGUCAACAUGACUGCCCCCUUUGAGCUAGCAAUUGGGUGUUCAGAUAGUACAGUUCGUUUAUUUGAUCGACGAAUGCUUGGCACCAAAUCAACAGGUAUGACCACUAAGCAGGCAGAUCCUUUGUGUGCCUUCACUGUACCAUCCUUCAAGCGGGCGUACCGCAUCACCUCACUCUGUUUUGCUCCUGAAGGGGAGGAGAUUCUUGUCAGCUAUUCCUCAGAUGACUUGUAUCUCUUCAGCUUGAGGGGCAAAGAAAACACCCAGCUGAAAACUUCAGCAGCUUUGUGCAAGAAAGGAAAAUUGAAACUAUCUUCUUCCGCGCCAACACCUGUUCGCCGUUUACGACUGAGAGGAGAUUGGUCAGAUACUGGGCCAGACGCUAGACCUGAGCGAGAGGCUGGUGGAAGAGGAGAUAUUGCUCAGGCCAGACCAACUCUUCAUACCCCAUUAAUGCAACAUUUAACCAAUGUGAUCUCUCGGCUGCUCAAUGACCCAGCAACCCGGGCAGCCCUUACAAGUGGUGUAGAUGAAGCAGGAAGCCCUGAAAGUUCACAAGGAACGGAACAUGCCUCUGUUUCACAAGACCCUCCUGAUGCAGUGAGAAACGAUGAGGGUGAUGUGGGUGAAGUUUCAGAUGAUCAAAGACUUGCUUCUCCAAGAAAUAACCUUGGUCCUCAGGUGUUUGAACAGCCACUCCAGGAGUAUGAGUUAUUUGAGGCCCCUGGAACUUCUUAUGAUCCUUUCACAAGUGCAAACUUGUCACAAAAUAUUUCUGCUCUAUCAGAAGAAGAUAAUGCAUUAGCUGACUGCUAUGAAAGGCCUGAGAAUUUUUGUGACUCACCAUCUCCUGCUACAUCUCAACCACAGACUGAGUAUAAAAUUGCACCUUUAAGAGACCCAGAGCACCAGAAGGAAAGUAAUGAAAGUGAGCCUUCAUCAAGUAUUGUACAACACACAGAACCUCAACCAAUAGUUUGUCCAGAUAUUUUAAGUACAGUUAGUAGCAAUGGAAGAGAACCUACAGAUAUUUUUGAUGAAAUAGAAACUUCGAAUGCUGAGGCAAAUACUGCCAAUCGCCUGGAGCAAGCUCCAACCUCAGAACGUGUGGAGGCAGGAAGUGAAAUAGAAUCCGAAACUUCUUCUGUUGUCAAUCAACAAACUGAUCAUCAAAUUCCUGAAACCACAACUAUGUAUGCGGAAGCUGGUAUACAUGAGCACGAUCUUGACACUUUGCAAUCAGAAUUAGUUGACCUGCGAGACUGCUAUAUUGAAAGCAGGCAUGGGGUAGAGCCAGCUGUCAGUCUGAGCUAUUCGCACCUGAGCACAAACACAAGUGUCAUCUCUCUGCGCCCAGAUAAUGAAGCUGAAGUCACUGGUGCUGAUGAGAGUGAAAUCCUUACACCGAGCAGUUCACCUCUGAGCCCAGUUGUCUCACAACAAUCACUUGUAUUAGAUGAGGAUCAACAAUUAAGACCAGAACCUGUUCCUGGUCCAAGUGCUCAAAAUCUGGGUUCAUCAUCAGAUUCAAUGUCUGAUCAAGGUUCCUUGUUUAGUGAUUAUGACAGUGAAGAAGAUGAAGAAGACUUGCGAAGGGAACUUAGAAGUCGUAUUGCGCCUCCUGGUCUUGGCAAUCUGUCGAAUAGUCAGGAAGUUCCUUUUCCCGAAAUCAAGCAACAGUAUACGGGUCAUCGCAAUGCCAGGACAAUGAUUAAAGAAGCUACCUUUUGGGGCACAGACUAUGUCAUGUCAGGUUCAGACUGUGGCCAUGUGUUUGUUUGGGAUCGUUCAAGUGCAAAGCUAGUAAUGCUUUUGCAAGCUGAUCAACAUGUUGUCAACUGUCUACAACCCCAUCCUACAGAGCCUCUGCUCGCUACUUCAGGAAUUGAUCAUGACAUUAAACUUUGGGCACCUGUUGGAGAGGGAUGUUCUUUUGAUCAAGACUUGGCUGAUGAAAUUGUCAAAAGAAAUGCCUUGAUGCUCGAAGAGACCAGAGACACCAUCACUGUGCCUGCUUCUUUCAUGAUUCGUAUGGUGGCGUGUUUAAAUCAAAUUAGAAGAGGUGGUCGUUCAAGAUCCAGACGAAGAACUCAGGGUUCACAAGAUGACUAAGCCACCUUUUGAAAUUUCAGUUUUGAGUGGGUUGCUGUCGGGAGAAAAUGUGAAGCUGUAACUUAUGCGUUUACUUGUUGAUGGGCUGUGUUAUAUCCUUAUUUAGAAUGCUACAUUUUAAGCUCCUUUGAUGUGAUGUGUGACUUCACUUUUAAUCAUUUUAAUUAAUUGUCUUUGUUUCAUUGUUACAGUAGUUAUAAAUAUUCUGUAUUAGUUUAUCACUUUUCACUAUCCUUCUUAGGGUGGUUAGUAUCUGUUUUUAAUGCAUCCAACAGCUAAUCAAUGCACUAUGAGCAUAACUCCUAUACACUUUUGACCUGUUGUUUGUUUACAAGAUGUGCUUGGUAGAAAUUGAUAGGAUUAUCUUGAUGCUGGGUUGUGUACUUAUUGAAAUUGAAGUAUAGGAAGAUUUAAGUACACUUGAAAUUAGGAUGAAUGUCAAAUUUACAAGGAAAGGAAACAAUAAACCCUAGACUGUGU